CUCUCUCUCUCUCUCUCUCUCUCUCUCUCUCUCUCUCUCUCUCACACACUCUAUCGCUGAGCUCUAACCGGUUGGAUACAGUGCAGAGGACUUGAGGAGAGUGCUCUUUUCUUCUUUGGCAUUUCCUUCCUGCCUCUCUCCCUCACGCGCUGUUGAUUUAGAUCAUGUCCUUAGGGUGAGGAUGUAUUUGUGUCAAGCUGCAACAAAGGAAGAGUAAACAAAGAAUAAACAUUUACUGAACGGAGGAACGGGAAAGACCCUCCUUUAUAGGCUCAACAAAGGAGCUGAUCCAGCCACGGAGCCAGGGCAACCACCACAUAGUUGGUUGAAGUCCCGAACGAGUCCCGGAUCCAGGAUGUCCCGGUCAGACACUCACGCCCGCUCCUCAGGGCUGUAGCCCUCUCAGGCCACCAGGUGGCUCACCGGACAGAAGCAGCAAUGUGAUUGUUUGGGUCAGAGUGCAGAUGAUGUCCUGGUACAGCUAAAGCAGAGAAUCUCCCCUCCUGUCCUCUGUCCUAUAUGAGGACCCGAAGAUGACUGUCACCAGCCGGCAGUCCUUCAACGUCCUGACGGUCAUCUUCCUCCUGCUGUCCACCGCAGCUCUAUCAGCUAAUUUCAGAGUGUGUGAACCAUAUUCCGACCACAAGGGGCGCUACCACUUUGGUUUCCACUGCCCUCGUCUCUCUGACAACAAGACCUACAUGUUCUGCUGUCACCACAACAACACAGCCUUCAAGUACUGCUGUAAGGAGACUGAGUUCCAGACGGUCAUGCAGGUCAACCUCACCACCACCACAGACGGCUUCAAACACAAUAACUACACAGCCCUAGUAGGAGUGUGGAUCUAUGGCUUCUUCGUCAUGGUGCUGCUAGCCCUGGACUUCCUCUACUACUCGGCCAUGAACUAUGAGCUGUGUCGGGUUUACCUGGAGAAGUGGGGUCUGGGUGGGCGCUGGCUGAAGAAGGCUAGGAGCCAGUGGCACCGGCCGGUCCCAGGAGAGGAGAGUGAGACCCAGAACCAGGCCCAGGGUCACCCCAUGGCCCUCAGUCACCACCACCCCAGACACAGCCUCAGAGGCGAGGGCCAGAGCCCCACGCUCCUCCCCUACCACACACCGACCGUCUGAGUGAAGCUGCAAGAGGAUGAAUGAGUAGAAGAGUAGAGAGCAGCGACGCCGGGCAGAGGAUAGCACGGCUCAGACACCUGUCUCUGUCUGCCUGGAUUAUUGACACAGUAACAUACCACAGGGUGGCUGGCCCUACGGAGGCUAGUGGCUAGCUAGCAGUUCCUGCUCACCUCCAUUCCUCUGAGCUCCUACACACAGGGCAUUGAAGGAUAGAGUAUGACGAAACGUCUAGACUACAACAGAAGGCCCAGGUGAAUGGAGCUGCUGCUACCCAAACACUGCUAAGGAACAGGCCACAGGCACUGAAAAUGACCAUGUAUACCCCUGCAUGGGCUGGGACUGUUCUAAUAAGAAACCAAUGGAGACUUGAAGUGGACUGGAUAAAAUGUGGUUACAAACGAGGGGGCUUUGUUUGAUUUGUGUGUUUGAGUGUUGAUUGCGCUUGGUUGCUGUGUGGGGUUAAAUUCAGUAGUAGUCAGAAGAAGUUGUGGGAGUACUGUAUCUAGUGGGGAUGUAUUUAAAGUAAACUAGUCAGGGACUUUCUAUGAGUGGUAAACAUCCUAGACGAUUCACCAUGGAGGUUGACAAUGAGCAUCUUGAAGACAGACUCACCUGAAUCGAGCGACAUCUCUAUUCUACAGUGUCAGCCUGUCUUCAGAAAAGGCCUUUGUGUGUAUUUUGUGAUCUUAUUAUUUUUCUAAUUAAACAUAAGUUGGUGAAGUUUCCUCUACUACAA